AUGCCCGCAGUCAUCGUCGUCGCGCUCUUCCUCGCCUGCCACGUCAUCUUCUUCCUCGAGUUCCCCGUCUCCUUCCGCCUGCCCCACAUCGCUGUUAUCGAGGAAGCCCAUAACGAAGCAGCACCGAGCGCGCUAGUUGACGACAGUAGAAGCAGCAGCGGUCCUUCUUUUCGUAGUAGCAGCAGCAGCACUAGUAGUGUUCCUAUCACCGCUACUCCCCUUGUCUCUGGUACUCCUCCGUUUGGAGGUUCAUCUCACGGCGACGUUCCCGUUAUAAGCCUCCUCGGCAUUUCCGAUUCAUGCCUCCGCCUCUUUCACGAAAGGGCCGACAACAGCUUUCCUGAUUUCGCCGGUAACAGCACUUUCGCAGACUCAAACGCCACGAAGAUAUCCGCUGGUAGCAGCACGGCAGCAGGUCGGUCACGGUCUUCCGGGGACGCAAGUGCGGCGCAGUUAGACGCGUGUCGAACACGCCUCCUCGAGGCCUUUCGACGGCUGGCCCUUCGCGCUCAGCAGGCGGAGCAGGUGGCGCAGGGGGCGGGUGGGGAGCAGGGGGAGCAGGGGGGGGCGGAGAAGGGGGAGAAGGGGGAGAAGGGGGAGAAGGGGGAGAAGGGGGAGCAGGGGGGGCAGGCGGAGAAGGGGGAGAAGGAGGAACAGGCGGAGCAGGCGGAGAAGGCGGAGCAGGAGGGGGAGGAGGAGCAGGAGGGGGAGGAGGAUGAGGUGCAACUAACGAAGCUUAAAUCCAAGGCUAACAACACCACCGAACCACCCACGGAGGCUAGUAUAAGCAACAACACCGAGCCACCCACCAAGCCUAUUAAGGACAACACCGAGCCUCCGACUGAGGCUGACGUGGCGGAGCAGCAGGCAGGUUCGGUGGGGCAGGUGUGUUCCGAGGAUUGGAAACGUGGCGUGCUGGCACGAGCUGCCGGCAGCAGCUACAUCCGAGCGGCUGUAGCGGCGAAUGUGACAGGGGUAGAGGGCAUUGAGGCGGGUAUAGACGAAGUGUGUGGGGGGGUGAAGGAGGUGGAGAGGCGUCUGGUGGGAGGAGGGCAGGCGGACGGCUGUCACGGGGGCGACGGGAGUGGUGCAGACGAUAAGAGUGGUGGGAGUGGUGGGAAUGGCGGAAGUGGCGAGAGUGGCGGGGCGGGUGGGGAUGUUGGAAGUGGCGGAAUCAAAGCGAGAUGCAAGCAAUGGCCUGAAAGCUGCUGGCCGGUUCCCGGGGUGCCUCUUUUCCUCUCACACGUACGUGAGUGCUGCUGGCCCCCCGCCUCUCUCCCAGUCAGAGACAAGGGUGUCCUCCUUCCCACCCCCACCACCGUGACCAGUCUAGGAGUGCCCCUCUCCCUCUCACACGUACGUGAGUGCUCUCGCCCUCGCUUCCUGCCAUUGGGCGUCACUCGCAGCCAAGCAGAGCAGAGGCAGAGCAGACCGCCCAUCCCAUGUUCGGCUGCUGUCCUGUAUGAACCCCCCUAG